AUGCUGUACAUCGCUUCUGCUCUCACACCUACUCCGAUCCUCAAUACCCUCAAAGUAAACGGACUGACAGGUCCAAACUCAUGUUCUUUGGUUGUAGCUAAAUCUGACAGAGUGGAAAUAUGGGAUAUCGAGCAGAAAGGACUAAUAUGCCAAACAGAAUUGCAAGUAUGGGGUAGUAUAGUAGGGAUCGAGAAAGUGGAGGUAGAAGGAGCUCGCCCUCAUCUGCUAGUACUUCUAGCUCCUCCCUCAGCCCAUCUUUUACUACUAACAUACUCUCCUUCCCCUUCUCCAUCGUUAAUCGUAACAUCGUCUAUACCUCUCAACCCACCGACUCCCUCAUUGAGACAAGCAGAGUUCUUCAAUUCCGUCAUUGCUCAUCAGAAUGUAGCGUUGGUGAGCCUAUGGGUCGGCGUGCUAUCAUGCAUCGAGAUGGAGAUCGAGAAAGAGAAAGAUGCCAAAAAGAGAAGAGCUAGUACGGCUGAUAUGGAAAUUGAAGAAGGGAGAAGGUUGAAAUUUAGAGAUAAUUUCAAUAUUAAUAUCCGAGAACAUAAUCUCCUUCACUUAUCGUUCCUUCCUGCACCACCGACUUCAUCAGGUCCAAUAGUCUCCUUCUUAUGGUUAUCAGCUACAUCUGAUCUAUAUCUUCAGGCUCGGACAUUAUCAAUCACAUCACAUGCUUUUAACGAUUUGUCAAGACCUGUAAAUGUUGUUUCACCAUUAUCACCCAAUUUGACAAUAACGGAAGAAACAGAUUUCAACCAAAUUCAAUUUUCUUGUCCUGCUGCCAGAAGAGUGUUACCCAUUCCGUCAACAAUAGGUGAAGAUCUCUGCCUGAUCGUAAUAGGUGAUGAACAUAGUGUCUUGUAUACUCUUGGUACUACACCUCAAUCUCCAAGAGCUAUAAGGAGAUUGUCAUCCGUUUCAGGGACUAAUACAAGUCCAAGAGCAAGUGCUAGGAGAAGUCCUCAAAAUGAAAUGGUCAGUUCCGUCAAUAAACGUAGAAAAUCAAGUAUGAACUCUCGUGCACCAGGCGGUGGUGCAGAUCCGGCAAAUGAAAGAUGGGAUUUGAAACCUGUUUGGAGGGUAAGACAAGGCUUCGGUACCAUACUAGCGGCGACCGUUCUGGAAGCUCACUCAAGUGGCGCAAGUGCUCUGAUAGGAGACGAGUGCGGAAGACUGACGGCCAUAGGAUGGGAAUUCGAAAAGAAUCAAGGGAUACUGGAAGGCGCUACAGGCCAAAACGGGACUGUACAUGUGAGGAUAGUCGAGAUGGGCACUGCGUCUCCCCCUUCGUCCUUGACGUAUCUCGAUUCCUCGUACCUGUUCCUUUCGUCAGCAGCGGGUGACUCAUCAGUUUUGAAACUGGUUUUACCAUCUCCCAAACCAGGUCAAUCUCAAUCUCCAGUAUCACCAUCGUCAUCUAGUGAUCCUCGUUCGAUACCGCGUAAAGGUAAAGGGCGAGCUAGAGACGAAACCGAGGAAGCAGCAUGGGCAGUAAUAAUGGAAGAGGAAGGUAAUGAGUUCCGCGGAGAUGUCGAUGUUAAGGAAAGAUGGAUGAAUGUGGCCCCUGUUAAGGAUUUCUGUGCCGUCAAAGAAGAAGGUGGCGGUCUGUCACAUCUCGUCAUAUCCUCUGGCGCCUCCAAUACAAACUCAUUGCGAAUCGUCCGAAGCGGUGUAGGGCUAGAAGAGGUAGUCAGCGUAGAAGGUAUUGAAGGUAUAGAAAGAAUUUGGACAUUGAUCGAUUCCUCAAACUCGUCUCGUCUCUUCGUCUCCACCGAUUCCACAACCCUACUUCUGGAAAGUGAACCGGAAAUAUCGCUUGUGGAAACCGCUCAAGAGGUCUCGGCUACCUGUACUUUGGCAGCUGGCAUGCUUCCUGCCACAGAUAUACUCAUUCAGGUCUCGCCCACCAGCAUAGCGUUAUGGCUAGACGUCACAUCCGGUCUUUCAGCGGGUUCAGUAGAUGUAGACAAAAACACGGAGAUAACCGCUGCUCAGAUACAUGGGUCUCUGAUUCUGAUCGGAAAGAGAGGUGGAGAGGUAGUUUUGUUUGAAGCGACUGCAAAUGGGUUGAACCACAUAGCUGCGUUCUCUGUCGAAAGUGAAAUCUCAUCUUUAUCGAUCAUCCAACUCGAAACUCUACCUUCACCUAUCCUAGCUAUCGGUACAUGGUCAAAUCAGAUCCUACUGUACACCCUUUCGCAAUCACAAAGCGGUUCGACAGCUCUUACCACAGUGAAUGAGUCUUUCUUCCCCUCAUCACUUCAUUUGAAAGCCUCAGUUGGAUCCUCGACUUCAACAAGCGGAAUCCAACUGUUCGCUGGGUUGAGUGAUGGUUCAUUAGUCAUAUGUGACUUGGAGCCAUCAGGACCCAACGGAGAAAUCGUUGUCAAGAGUAAAAAGGCUUCUUCACUGGGUACCAGACCAUUACUUGUCUGUCCCACGAAUGGUCCCGAUGUAGGAGGUGAAAAAGUCAUUGGUGUAGGAUUAUCAGAGAGGAUGUCAGUGAUCUUUGAAUCUGGAGAUAGAUUAGAUUUCUCUUCUGUCAGUAGGAAGGAUGUCGUGGCUGCUACAUCGUUAUCUUCACCUACAUCAGGUGAAGUCAUCGUGCUAGCUUCUAACACGGGAAUAUCAUUCACGAAGGUCAAUUCAUUGAAGAAACUUUCUGUUCAAACCCUUGAUUUGGGCGAUAGAUCAGCUCUAAAGAUCGUAGUUCUCAACGAAAAACUGAUCGCGGACGGAAUCAUUGUCAAAACCAUGGAUCAACAAAAUGGUGAAAUCCUACAGAUGAGUGCUAUUGAAUUAAGAGAUUCGGCUACUUUGACACCACUCGCCGAAAUACCGUUGAAAGAAAGGGAAGAAACAACUUCACUCUCAUCGGUGCUUUUGAACGGACGCAACUACUUAGCCGUAGGAACAGCACUCUUACCUUCUGAAGAAGCGGAUUAUGACGAGAGUCUUGUCAAUGUAAGACAGGGUAGAUUACUGUUGAUCCAAUACGAAGAGAAGGGAAAAGACGAUGAGUGGGAGUUGAAGAUCAUCACGGAAAUCAAAGUUGAUGGUCCGGUUUAUGAUAUUGAAACGAUCCAUGGGUUCUUGGCUACUGCCACUGGAAGUAAAGUAACGAUACAUCGAUUGACUCCAUCGCCAUCACCAACUUUGAUCGAAUUGUCCUCAUUCUCAUCCGCUUUCCUAGCGUCUAAACUUACGAUCUCGCCAUCGUCCAAAGAUAAUACUGAAGAUAGGCUGAUACUAGGCGACGGAAUGAGAAGUAUCAUUCUUUUAAGUGUAGAUGAAGGAGACGGCAAGAUUUACGACGAUACGAGAGAUCUAGCUACGCAUCAGGUCACAGCCUUAGGCAGGGUCCAUGAUGGUGGUGAAGGAGUGGUCAUUUCCGAUGGAUAUUCCAGUAUCCUCACCUUUAGACUCAAAGAAGGCAUAGAAUCAGCAGCCGUUUUCGGAUUACACGAAGAGAUAACACGCUUUGUUCCUGGUUCACUGGCCCCACCAACAUCAGCAUCGGAGGUGAUCAUCCCCGAUCAACUGUUCGCGACUUCGAUAGGAAGAAUCGGGAUUAUUGGAGAACUGACUUCUUCAGCGGCCAAAACAUUAGAUGAUCUGCAAAGAAACUUGGAUAAAUCAUGGAAAGGCCCCGGAGGAAUUGGUUGGAAAGGUUGGAGAAAAGGUGGUAAUGAGUUAGUAGGUAGGGAAACGGCAGGCUGGGUAGAUGGUGAUUUUGUUCAAAAGUUCCUUGAUACAUCAUUGUUCUCACCUGAAGAAAGCGAAAAGAUUCUCAAAGGUUCGAACACCCACGAACAGGUUUCGAAGAUCUCUUCGAGUGGAAAACAAGUCGCAGAAAGAGGAGAUGUGGUCAGGGUCCUCGAAGCUGCUAGUGGGAUGCACUAG